UCCAACAGUUUGUCUACUGUGUCUCUGUGAUGACAAUUCUCUUAUGUAAAGGUGGUCAAUCACAGACACCCGGUGUGUCCAUCAGGUUAGCUGGGUCUGGAGCAACACAGUGUUCUGGCAGAGUUGAAAUUUAUUACAAUAACAUCUGGGGAACAGUCUACGGUAAUGGCUGGGACUUAAACGAGGCUGAGGUUGUUUGCAGACAGUUAAACUGUGGAACAGCAAUACAGGCUCCUCUAUCAUCUUACUAUAGUCCAGAAGCUAAACAAAUUUGGCUUUAUAAUGUGGCCUGUUCGGGAAGUGAAAGUUCUUUAACUCAGUGUCGUUACUCUGGAUGGGGAAUGUACAAUAAUAAUUAUUAUUAUGAUGCUGGUGUCAUCUGUUCAGAUCUGAUCAGAUUAACUGGAUCUGGAUCGACUCGAUGUUCUGGCAGAGUUGAAGUUUACCACAAUAACAGCUGGGGAACAGUCUGUGAUGAUGGCUGGGAUGUAAAUGAUGCUGCAGUGGUUUGCAGACAGUUAAACUGUGGGUCGGCACUGGAAGUUCCUCAAUCAGCUCACUUUGGUGCAGGAACUGGACAGAUUUGGCUUGAUAAUGUGGGCUGUUCAGGAAAUGAAAGUUCUCUAAUUGAAUGUAACGGCAGUGGAUUUGGGACAUACAGUUGUGGAAAUCACCAUGAUGCUGAUGUCAUCUGUUCAGAUCUGAUCAGAUUAUCUGGGUCUGGAUCGACUCGAUGCUCUGGAAGAGUUGAAAUUUAUUACAAUAACAUCUGGGGAACAGUCUGUGAUGAUUACUGGGACUUAAAAGACGCUCAGGUUGUUUGCAGACAGAUAAACUGUGGGACGGCACUAGAGGCUCCUCGAUCAGCUCUCUUUGGUGCAGGAAGUGGACAGAUUUGGCUUGAUAACAUGGACUGUUCAGGAAAUGAAAGUUCUCUAAUUGAAUGUAAAUACAACCAAUUUGGAACAAAUAACUGUGGACAUCAACAAGACGCUGGUGUCAUCUGUUCAGGUCCAAUCAGAUUAGUUGGAUCUGGAUCGACUCGAUGCUCUGGAAGAGUUGAAAUCUAUCACAAUAACAGCUGGGGAACAGUCUGCGAUGAUGGCUGGGACUUAAAUGAUGCUGAGGUGGUUUGCAGACAGUUAAACUGUGGGUCGGCACUAGAAGCUCCUCAUUCAGCUUACUAUGGUGCAGGAACUGGACAGAUUUGGCUUGAUCAUGUGACCUGUUCAGGAGGUGAAAGUUCUCUUACUGAGUGUCAGCACAGUGGAUUUGGAACAAACAACUGUGGACAUGGUCAGGAUGCUGCUGUCAUCUGUUCAGAUCUGAUCAGAUUAGCUGGCUCUGGAUCGACUCGAUGUUCUGGCAGGGUUGAAGUUUAUCACAAUAACAGCUUUGGAACAGUCUGUGAUGAUGACUGGGACUUAAACGAUGCUGAGAUCGUUUGUAGACAGUUAAACUGUGGGACCGCAAGGGGGGCUCCUCGAUCAGCUCACUUUGGUGCAGGAACUGGACAGAUUUGGCUUGAUCGUGUGACCUGCUCAGGAAGUGAAGGCUCAUUAACUCAGUGUCAACAUGGUGGUUUUGGAACAAACAACUGUGUACAUAAUCAAGAUGCUGGUGUCGUCUGUUCUGAUCUGAUCAGAUUAGUUGGAUCUGGAUCGACUCGAUGUUCUGGAAGAGUUGAAAUAUUUCACAAUAACAGCUGGGGAACAGUCUGUGAUGAUAGCUGGGACUUGAACGAUGCUCACGUGGUUUGCAGAGAGUUAAACUGUGGGACGGCACUAGGAGCUCCUCCAUUCGCUCAGUUUGGUGCAGGAACUGGACAGAUUUGGCUUGAUAAUGUGACCUGUUCAGGAAAUGAAGAAUCUUUAGCUCAGUGUCAACACAAUGGAUUUGGAUCAAACAAAUGUGGACAUGAUCACGAUGCUGGUGCCAUCUGCUCAGGUGUUCCCAUCAGAUUAACUGGAUCUGGAUCGACUCGAUGUUCUGGCAGAGUUGAAGUUUAUUACAAUAACAUCUGGGGAACAGUCUGUGAUAAUGGCUGGGAUGUAAAUGAUGCUCAGGUGGUUUGCAGACAGUUAAACUGUGGGACAGCACUACAGGCUCUUCCAUCAGCUUACUUUGGUGCAGGAACUGGACAGGUUUGGUUUUCGUAUAUGGCCUGUUCAGGAAAUGAAAAUUCUUUAACAGAGUGUCAACACAGUGGAUUUGGAACAAACUACUGUGGACAUCAACAAGAUGCUGGUGUCUUCUGUUCAGGUCUGGUCAGAUUAGCCGGGUCUGGAUCGACUCGAUGUUCUGGCAGAGUUGAAAUUUAUCACAAUAACAGCUGGGGAACAGUCUGUGAUGAUGGCUGGGACUUAAAUGAUUCUCAGGUUGUUUGCAGACAGUUAAACUGUGGGACAGCACUGCAGGCUCCUCGAUCAGCUCGCUUUGGUGCAGGAACUGGACAGAUUUGGCUUGAUAAUGUGGCCUGUUCAGGAAAUGAAAGUUCUCUGACUGAGUGCCAACACAGUGGAUUUGGAUCAAACAGCUGUGGACAUGGUCAGGAUGCGGGUGUGAUCUGUUCAGGUACAGUUAGAGUAGUUGGAUCUGGAUCAACUCGAUGUUCUGGUAGAGUUGAAGUUUAUCACAAUAACAGCUGGGGAACAGUCUGUGAUAAUGGCUGGGAUGUAAAUGAUGCUCACGUGGUUUGCAGAGAGUUAAACUGUGGGACAGCACUACAGGCUCCUCGAUCAGCUUACUUUGGUGCAGGAACUGGACAGAUUUGGCUUGAUAACAUGGGCUGUUCAGGGUAUGAAAGUUCUUUAAUUGAGUGUAAACACAGUGGAUUUGGAACAAACUACUGUGGACAUCAACAAGAUGCUGGUGUCAUCUGUUCAGGUCCAGUCCGGUUAGUUGGGUCUGGAUUGACUCGAUGCUCUGGAAGAGUUGAAUUCUAUUAUGGCAACAUCUGGGGAACAGUCUGUGACAAUGGCUGGGACUUAAAUGAUGCAGAGGUGGUGUGCAGAGAGUUAAACUGUGGGACGGCACUACAGGCUCCUCGAUCAGCUUACUUUGGGGCAGUAGUUCAACAGAUUUGGCUUGAUAAUGUGACCUGUUCAGGAAAUGAAAGUUCUCUAACUCAGUGUCAACAUCUUGGAUUUGGAACACACACCUGUGGAUAUUAUCAGACUGCUGGUGUCAUUUGUUCAGGUCUGAUCAGAUUAGUUGGAUCUGGAUCGACUCCAUGCUCUGGAAGAGUUGAAAUCUAUCACAAUAGCAGCUGGGGAACAGUCUGUGAUGAUUCCUGGGACUUAAACGAUGCCGCAGUGGUUUGCAGGCAGUUAAACUGUGGACCGGCACUUCAGGCUCCUCGAUCAGCUCACUUUGGUGCAGGAACUGGACAGAUUUGGCUUGACAAUGUGACCUGUUCAGGAAAUGAAAAUUCUCUAACUGAGUGUCAGCACAGUGCAUUUGGAUCAAAAAAGUGUGGACAUGAUAAAGAUGCUGGUGUCAUCUGUUCAGGUCCGAUCAGAUUAGUUGGAUCUGGAUCGACUCGAUGCUCUGGCAGAGUGGAAAUCUAUCACAAUAACAUCUGGGGAACAGUCUUUGAUUUUAACUGGGACUUAAAUGAUGCUGAGGUGGUUUGUAGACAGUUAAACUGUGGACCGGCACUACAGGCUCCUCGGUUUUCUUACUUUGGUGCAGGAACUGGACAGAUUUGGCUUUAUAAUGUUGCCUGUUCAGGAAGUGAAAGCUCUCUGACUGAGUGUCAAAACAGUGGAUGGGGAACAUACAUCUAUGGACAUGGCAAUGACGCAGGUGUUAUCUGUUCAGGUCCAGUCAGAUUAACUGGGUCUGGAUCGACUCGAUGUUCUGGCAGAGUUGAAGUUUACUACAAUAACAUCUGGGGAACAGUCUGUGUUGACGGCUGGGACUUAAAUGAUGCCGCGGUGGUUUGCAGAGAGCUGAACUGUGGGACGGCAGUAAAGACUCCUCAAUCGGCUCAGUUUGGUGCAGGAACUGGACAGAUUUGGCUUGAUAAUGUGACCUGUUCAGGAAAUGAAAGUUCUCUAACUGACUGUAAACACAGUGGAUUUGUAAUAAAAAAAUGUGAACGUGGUCAGAGCGCUACUGUCAUCUGUUCAGCUUCACGGAAAAAGUUCUCGGUGAAACUGAAUCUGGCUGAUGUCAACUCCCAAGUGGACAUGACAGACCCCGCUGUGAGGGAGAACAUCUUGAAAUGGGUUGAAAAGAAGUUGGGAGGUUCAUCUGAUGACGUAAAAGUGAGCUGGCAGAAACUUCCAGAAAAGAAAAGGCUCAAAAAGCAAGAGACGUGUCCUCCAUAGUUCAGUCUGUUUGUUUCCAAAACUGUAUAAAAAAAGACCUAAUGUUAUAAAAAACCUUUAAAAAGCACCUUAUUGAUUCAUUCCAUAUUUUUAUAAAGUAUAUCUGCUUUUUGUGCUUGUUUACUGUUGUGCUGCAUUUAGUUGUAAGCCAAACGUAACCUGUUAAAGAGUGCUAACUUCAAUGGAUUUAGCAAAUAUUUUCUGUGAUGAAUUUUCAACAGUGAUGAGUUUGGUUUGUCUCAGCAAAGAGACUAUCAAAUUUAGAUUUUACUUGACUUUACUUUAUAAUUGAAGUCUAUAUAUUAAACACAACAGCAAGAUCAUUCUGUUAGGAUCCAUUUCAAUAUAAACCUGCAUAUUCAAGAAGCCUCAAAUUAUUUUGUCUUUACUAAUGAAAAACGCUUCUUUUUAUGAGACCAAUACUUAAAUAGGACACACAUAGCAGGAGACCUUUGGCUUCUUCAAUAAUGUGUUUAAGUUAGAUAAUGAUUUCUCUUCCCUUUGUGUUUGUUUUUCAUGAGAGUGUGUAGUUCUGCUUUGUUUGUUGCUCUUAUUUUACUUACUUGGAUUCAGUAAUGAUCAAUUAAUAAUUAUUGUGAAUU